AACUACAUUUUCUUCAAAUUAAUGUCUUGCAAGAUGUCGCCUACCGUUAAAGUGCCAAUCAAAGAAAAUGGAAAAAAAAGAUUUUACAAACCCAGCAUUGUGGAGUCGCAGAAUUCAUUUAUUUUACACGUUACGAACCAGAGUGAAAUCAAAAAUAAACUGGAGCAAUACCAGAAAAUGCAUCUAUCCAGAGGAACCACCUUCCAACCGCUGGUGAUUGCCGUCGGACCAACGAGCAAGGACUUAAAGGAUUUUUACGUAGCGGUUGAGUCAGUUCUCUACAAGGUAGAUCAACUGCUAAAAGCUGUCGACGUGUGUUUCAAAGUAAUUCACGUAACCAACGUUCAAUACCCGCUAGAAUGUUUAAGUGUAUGGUCAUUUAUCCAAAAAUAUUUUUAUAACUUGCACAACAAAAAGGACAAGAAAAUUUCCUCUGUCUAUUGCUUUAUAUCAGAUCUGACUGACUAAUUAAUUGAGCAUCUUUCAAGGACUUAAGAAUUUUUGUGUUUUGACUAUAGGGAUAAUAGUUAGUAACAAUGUUUAUUUGCUUCAUGUGUUCGAUCGAAACAGCAAACCAUCAAGAUCUUAUUCAUCAUUACAAAACUAGUCACAAUCUCGGUCAUAACUCGAUUUAUCGAUGUGCACAAUCGAAUUGUUUCAGAGCAUUUCAAAGUUUGCGUUCCU